AUGGCAGGGAUGGCUGGAAACACGACAUCACCGGUACCGCAAUCUCAAAUGUGUAUAGAAUUACCUCCGGAAAUACAUUCGCAGGGAAUCAUAGGUCUUCGCAAAGGCGGUCCAGGAAUGAACUUCAGUCUUCCGACGGGUAUAGUCCUUGGCCCUUCACUCUUGGGAGCCUCUGAGUUAUUCAAGAAGCACAUAUUUCCUCGUAAAAAUAAAACAAUAAUUGAAGUGCUUGGUGAGAUUGGUUAUGAACUCUUUUUGUUUCUAGUUGGAGUAAGAAUGGACCUGGAACUGAUAAGAAAAAGUGGGCGCAAAGUCGUGUUCACCGGUAUUUUAUGCCUGUUAGCCCCUUUGAUAACAAGUAUGGUCCUCCAAAAACUGCUCAUGACCAUGACCACUGUGUUUAAGCUCACCAAAGAUCAAAUGUAUAAGCUUCCUUAUAUAACGUCAUCAUAUUGCAUGACUUCGUCUCCCGUCAUUGUUCUCCUUCUUGAAGAACUGAAUCUCCUGAAUUCCGAAAUCGGUCGACUAGCUGUGGCUGCAUCAUCAAUCAGUGAAUUAUUCAGUACUCUGGGUAUCGGUUUCUCCGCCGUAUUGUACAGAAUGGCCAAGGUGAAAGGUGUCGUUGCAACUUUACUAGUGUUCACCGCAGUUGUUGGCCCAACACUAGCAUUUCUGUUCAUAUUCCGACCGAUGAUGUUUUGGGUGAUUAGGCAGACCCCGCAAAACAAACCUGUUAAGAAAGGUUACGUCAAUACCAUACUCGUGGUGAUGCUAUCUGUAGCGAUACUAUCACAUUAUUAUGGCCAUACUUUCCAUUUCAUGAUCUUCAUAUUGGGUCUGUCUGUCCCAGCUGGACAACCUUUGGGAUCAACUAUUGAAGAAUUGCUCCACGUCUUCACUUCUCAAGUGCUUCUUCCCAUUUAUGUGACUGUAUAUUCAAUGAGAGCAAAUUUUCGGAUGGUCAAUUUCAGUGACCCGGCCACAGUGAUCACGGCUAUCGUCAUCGUUUCCAUUUUCGUGACCAAAGUUAUAGGCACCAUGGUUGCUCCAUUGUAUUGGAAAAUGCCCUUGAAUGACGCAUUUGUGCUUGCUCUCAUCCUAAGCUCCAAAGGCAUUGUCCAAGUUUCUAUCUAUGGUCGAUUCAAAAACGAUCAGACUGCAAGCGAAUCGAUAUAUGCUUUGGCUCUUGCUAGCAUUCUUGUGACUGCAACGCUUGUGCCCCUUAUUGUGAAACGUCUGUACGAUCCUGCAAAGAGAUAUGCAGCCUACGAAAGAAGAGAUAUUAUGCAUUUGAAACCCAAUGCUGAGCUCAAAAUUCUUGCCUGCAUUCACAGGUCAGGUAACAUUCCUGCAAUCAUCAAUCUACUUGAUGCUGCAUGCCCAUCCAAAGAAAAUCCCAUUGCUAUUUAUGUUCUUCACCUCAUGGAAUUAAUUGGAAGAAGCUCUCCAGUUUUUAUCUCGCACCAAAUGCAGACAAAGAGCAUUUCCAAUGCAUACUCGGACAAUGUCGUCCUUUACUUCAAUGAGUUUGUGAGAGAAAAUCUUGGUGCUGUUACUUUAAACGUAUUCACAGCAAUCUCUCGACCAAAAUACAUGCAAGAAGACAUAUGCACACUAGCAAUGGACAAUCUCACAUCCCUAAUUGUGCUCCCGUUUCAUCGAACAUGGACGAUUGACGGGUCUAUCGAUUCAGAAGACAAUGCAAUAAGGGCACUAAAUCGCAAUGUACUCGAAAGAUCUCCUUGCUCUGUGGGCAUCCUUGUGGACUGUGGCCAUUUAGGUCGGUCCACCUCUGUUGUGGCUUCGGGACGAUCAUUCUCCGUGGUUGUCAUCUUCUUCGGUGGGGCAGAUGAUAGGGAGGCAUUAACAUUUGCGAAAAGAAUGGCAUGCGAGUCGAUGAUUAGCUUAUCUGUGAUCCGAAUCGUUGCCAUGAAUAAUGGUUUAUCUACCGGUGGGGGUGGGGAAUGGGAUAAAAUACUUGAUAAUGAGAUGUUGAAGGAGCUUAAACACAGUCAGGUUGGUGAAGGGUCUGUGAAAUUUUCAGAGGAGGUUGUGAAAGAUGGACCGCAAACAACAGUACUACUGAAGUCUGUAGUGGAUGACUAUGAUCUAAUUAUAGUUGGAAGAAGGUUUCAGGUAGAGUGCUCUCAGACGGCAGGACUGAACGAAUGGAGUGACUUUCCCGAGCUAGGUACUAUAGGAGACCUACUUGCAUCACCUGAUGUAAAUUGUAAAGCUUCAAUUCUGGUGAUAAAACAUCAACAACAGAUCACUUAA